AUGAAAGUGUUCAUAUUUCUAUCGAUCCUCGGAUCCCUUGUUACUCUCAUCUUGGCUGACGAAGACCUCGAAGACAAAGUUACUCGUUGUUGUUCCGUCCUCAGCCCUCUCAAGUCCUACGUCUCAUUUCCCGACUCCCAAAUCUACAUCAACCAAACCACUGGCAGUCUAUCCUACUGGUCAUCCUUCGAAAGCGACCUCUCCCCAGCAUGUCGCUUCACGCCAUCCAGCACCACCGAACUCGCUCUCGGCGUCCGUAUCCUCUCUUCUAAUCAUUGCCAAUUCGCCAUCCGCUCAGGCGGACAUAUGCCAUUUCCUGGCGCUUCCAACUAUGAUGGUAAGGGAAAGGAUGGUGUCACCAUUGACUUGACUUCGCUCAACCAGAUUGAGGUCCUUGAUAGCUGGACUGAAAACGGUGUCGUUCUUACUGAAAAGGUUGCCAAGAUUGGACCUGGUGCGAGAUGGGCUGAAGUUUAUGCUAAAAUGGAUCCGCUGGGAUUGACUGUCCCUGGUGGUAGAGUCGACUCUGUUGGUGUUGGAGGGUUUCUGCUUGGUGGUGGGCUUUCCAUUUUUGCGCAUACGACGGGGUUUGCGUGUAAUUAUGUGUUGCAAUAUGAAGUUGUGCUUGGAAAUGGGACUGUUGUCCUGGCUGAUAGUGUGCGAAAUUCUGAUCUAUGGCUGGCGUUGAAGGGUGGACACAACAAUCUUGGUGUGGUGUCUAGCUUCACCAUGAAGACCAUUUCUAUUCCAAAUGGAAUUUGGGGAGGAAUAGCUAUCAGUGACCCAGGCUAUAUCGACCAAGGCUUUGAAGCACUGUACAACUUCGGCGAAGUUGCUGGUCGAGAUGGCUUGACUACCGAUAUUUCGGGCGCUGCAUCGCUUCUCUACUUCAACAAUCCCUUAACCCAGGCCAAAUUUAUCAGCAACUUCCUCACCAGCUCAACCGGCUCGAUCUCCCCACCCAUCCUCUCAAAUUUCACCUCCAUCCCCCAGCUCAGCAAGACUUUCAGAAAGACUAGCCUUGGAGAUAUCAUCACGGAAGUCUCUGGCUCUUGGGUCAACGGUCAUCGUCAGAUUAUAGGUGAAGUUACGUUCAAGAACAAUGUUCAGAUUAUGAAGGAGGCACAGCAGAUUUUCGAGGCGGCGUUCGAACCGUUCGCUCAGGUGAAGGGGUUCCAGCAGAUUUUCCUUGUUCAGCCACUCCAUCGGGCUAUUUUGGCGGCGAGUGAGAAGAUGGGCGGGAAUAUCUUGGGUCUCGGUGCCAAGGAUGGCAAUAUAGUAUGGUUUGCCAUCGACCUUUCUUGGGAUGAUACCAAGUUCGACAACGCCAUAAACAAUGCUGCUAAGAAGUUCUUUGCGGAUGUCAGUCAAGCUGCAAAGCGUCUUGGUGUUUAUCACCCUUACAUCUACCUCAACUAUGCAUCGGAGUUCCAAGACCCAAUCUCUUCGUAUGGUCAUGCCAAUGUUCAGAAGCUGCGUGCUGCGAGUAGGAAGUAUGAUGGUGGUCAAGUUUUUCAGAGACUCGUUCCUGGAGGAUUCAAGAUCCCGGGUGCUCGUGGGGAGAGUGACGAUGACGGAAAGGUGCACCAUGGUCACUAA